AUGCCUCGCCAAUUCUUCGUCGGUGGUAACUUCAAGAUGAACGGGACCAUUGAGUCCAUCAAGAGUCUUGUCAGCAACCUCAACAACGCCCAGCUCGACCCCAACGUCGAGGUCGUCAUUGCUCCUCCCGCGCUGUACCUGCUCCUGACCCGCGAGCACCUGCGCAAGGGCAUCGAGGUCGCUGCUCAGAACGUCUACGACAAGCCCAACGGCGCCUUCACCGGCGAGAUCUCCGUUGAGCAGCUCAAGGACUCCGGCAUCACCUGGACCAUCCUCGGCCACUCGGAGCGCAGGGUCAUCCUGCAGGAGGACGACUCGUUCAUCGCCAACAAGACCAAGGCUGCCAUUGACGGUGGCCUCGGCGUCAUUCUCUGCUGCGGUGAGAGCUUGGAGCAGCGCGAGGCUGGCAAGACCAUCGACGUCGUCGUCAACCAGCUCAAGGCCGUCGCUGCCCAGGUCAAGGACUGGUCCAAGAUCGUCAUUGCCUACGAGCCCGUUUGGGCCAUCGGCACCGGCAAGGUUGCUACCACUGAGCAGGCUCAGGAGGUGCACGCUGCCAUUCGCGAGUGGCUGAAGAAGGACGUCUCCGCCGAGGCGUCGGACAAGACCCGCAUCCUGUACGGUGGCAGUGUCAGCGAGAAGAACUGCAAGGAUCUGGCCAAGCAGCCCGACAUUGACGGCUUCCUGGUUGGCGGUGCCAGCUUGAAGCCCGCUUUCGUUGACAUCAUCAACGCGAACCAGUGA